UAACCUGUCAUGGUGUCUGAUGGUGUCCGCCAUUACGCAGUCGUGAGAAAAGUGGACGCGAACUUGGCGCGCAUUCGCCCCAUUUUUGAGCAUGGUUGGUUUCUGUUGCGUGCCGUCUUGUCGUCAGAAGUUUGUCAAGCAAAAGAAUGACCCCGGGUGCACAUUUGAAGAAAAGAUUUCGUUCGUCCGCUUGCCCUACAGGAACGAGGAGCUGCUCCAGAAGUGGCUGGAGGCCAUCACAAGGGACGAGAGCAAGGAAAUCAAGUUUAACUACGCGUCGGUACUGUGCUCAAAGCACUUCGACGAGGACGACUUCUAUCGCGGCUACGUGAACUGGCAGGCGCCACCUCAAGGAUGGCGCGGUGCCCCACAUUUUCACCGGCAGGGCGUCUAAGACGGGCACUGCCGAACGCAGCCGUCCCGUUCCCAACGCAGCUGCGCUCAUCAAGAAAGUCAUGGGCAAUUCCAAGUACCGCAUGGUGCUGAGACAGCUCGAACAGACCCCGUCUUCAGUUCCUGAAGUUGCGACAGAUGCGAGAUUGGAGCACAACUAUGACUCGUAUGUUGUUGUCGAGAGUUGUGAAGUUGAAGCUGAGGAGGAGGAGGCAGCUAUGGAUUGCAACACCGUGAUUAUGGAUCCUGUGCACACCUACUGCAAGCCAAAGCCCAAGGGUAGAAUAGAGGAAGAAGACCAGCCAACCGAGGUGUUGAACCGAGAUGAGGCCUCCCCAACAUCAAUGUCCCACUAUAAUGUGCACUUGAUGGCGUCCAGCACGAAUGAUGAGACGAAUUUGGACUUAGAUGCAAUGACGAUCGAUAUUGAAGAUAGUAAUGCGCGCAUUGAUUCAAAUCAGGGCAUGGCCAUUCUUCCGGACGAUGCUGUCUCGGAAGUGCACUUUGAAACGGACAGGAAGGUUCCCAUAGAAUUUCUAGAUCUUCCCAGCCACGUCACGCCUGGUCCUGUUCACUUGGAGGACGCUCACUCCAGCAAUAGCGAGCAAGCGGGUGAGUUGGAAGGGCUUCCAAAGCGUGUCUUCCAGCUGGAAAAGGAGAUUGAACGGAUGAACCGUGUCAUAGAGUGGUACCAGCAGGAGGCGAGCGAUGCAAAAAAGGAAAAGUAUCAGCUGGCAAAGACGGCAGAGUUGCUCGAGCAGAAGUGCCGUAACCUCGAGAAGUGGCGCUUCACAAUCGAGAACUUCCGUCACAAGCCGAAGGACGUGCAUUUUUACACUGGCCUUCCGGAUUACGCGGCAUUCGAGGACUUAUUCCAGUGCUUGAUCGGCAACAGGGUGGGGAGGGUAGCGAAGUCGUUGGGCGAAAAGCGCAUGUCUAAACGUGAAAAGCUUUUCAUGUUCCUCGUUAGGUGGCGGCUGGGACUGCCCGAGCGAGACUUGGCCUUCCGGUUCCAUCUGUCGUGCUGCACAGUCUCUCGCAUCUGUCUGAAAUGGAUCAAGUUCAUCUACCAGAGCCUGGGGCGUCUCCGGUCUAGCCAUCGCCUGCGCAGAAAAGGUCCACCGUCGACGCGUAGUGCGACGGAACUUGUUAGUGACUGCAACCAGAGUACAUCAGACUCUAACUCCAGGCAGGAAGAGCUUUCAGAUGGAGGCAGAGUGGUUAAAUCGCUCUCCUUGAAUACCGCCACGAUAUUCGUGUGCCCUCCCAUGGACAUGGAACUGGCGAGAAAGGUCACGCAGGCAUACGACCGUCAGGAAGUGCCGUGCAGGUGACGGCAGCGUAGACGUUGAAGUCGUAGACAUGUUAUGCGAGGCGGGCCUUCCGUUGAAUACAUCGCGGCUUCUGGGCCAGCACCGGUUCCCUGGUGGCAAUGUGCCAACAACAGACGAUAUUGUGAUCGCUACGUGACGACGUGGAGCGUGCGAUCCCUGAGAUACGGAACUAUCGCAUAUUUUAUCAACCCUUCUUGCCUUCACUGCUUCCACUGGCAAACAGACUGCUCGCAAUAUGCGUGGUGCUCAUCAAUUUCUCAAAGUCUUGAUUUCACUUUUCCAGCUAGUGGCUCUGUGCCUUUAAGCGUGAAACCCGGCAGUUUGGCAAAAAACGCGUGAAAGUUUUGGCAUGGGAAAGACAGCCGUGUUACCCCUGCAUUCUUCUCUGGCUACAUCUACGCAUAAGUGCGUCUUACAUUUGCUUACACAGAAGUAUGUCGUGCGUCUUGGAUAAAUGUUGCACACUGUAUGGGUUAAUGUGGCACGUAGUUGGCAUGUGCAUUUGCAUAAAAGGCAUCAAGGUAGGGGCAAAAGGGCUGCAGAUGCCCUUGAAAAAGCAGAUAACUGUGAUACACUUAUAAAAUAAGGAAGGUAGCACCAACAUAAAGGAUAUUUUGUGUUAUGCCGUCACGGCUGUCAACUCUAACCUACUUGAGACUGCCUGAUGUACUGUGUGAUUGAUGCCCAAGAUUGGCAUAGUAUAAGCAGCUUAAGAACAUUUCAUGUCGUGUUGCACACGUCCUCUUUGCUUGCAAAUAAAGUUCAGAAAUGGGCUUAAUGGAGUAUGAAGUUGUUUACCAGAAAAUGUGAGAGCGUAUAACUUUUGUACCCUGUAAUGCCAAACAUGUCACAGAAUAUGUAGCAACAAGUGCAGAGGCCCAGCUGUAAAACUUCAGAAUGUACUGGCCAUUUUACACGGUUUCAUAUUUGAAUUAUUCAGUGUAACUUGUUAUGGUCGGAUGUGCAGAACUGAAAAGUAGAUCUUUAAUCACAAGCACUCUCCAUCAAAAGUUAACGGGCCUCAGGUCCUGUAAGGAAGCUGAAAGUGAUCGCUGUUUCAGUCUACAGGAACACUUGGCGCUGGUAGUAGUAAAUUCACUUACCAUGUGCCAGUAUUCUGACAUCCGUAUUUUCUCAUCGGCUGACAAGUCUCUUGGGACUUGUGCUGUAUUCAACGUAUAGUUACUUGCCCCUGGCUGCCAUAUUUGUUUUCGGUACGUCCGAAGCAUUGUAUGUACUUGACCAAAAGCAUGCGGACCAGAUGUUCUGGAAAUGGCUCGAUGCAUCAGCUUGUACCUGAAACUGGUGACUGCUGUGCAUAUUUCGCUUUGAAAACAUUGCAAUGCAAUAACCAGCUGUCACCUUGCUAGUCUUAGUUUCCAGGAGUUUCCUUCCUUAUUUGAGACCCACUGAUUCGCAUGGAUCCUAAUUGCAGCUGCGCAUGCCUCAGUGAGAAAAGUACCAAACUUUUCGCUCGGAAAAGACUUUCUUUCACAAAAGUGUGUUUAGCGUGUACAGAGCUGUUGUACUGCAACCC